GGAUGAUAUUUCAUUUUAGGGACAAACUCAAAAGCAUUUCAGGCAGUAACACGGCUGGAAAAAGUUUUUAUGAAGCUGAAGUUCAGUUCAGGAUGAAGAUCUUUAACGUCGUCUUCUUCUACCUGAUCUCAGGCCCCGUGAGCUGCUAUGAUGUCUCUGCUUUCAUUGGCGGUCAAGUCAAAAUCCACUGCUUUCCCAAUACCGAUGUGUAUUUCUGCAAAUUUAAUGUGAGAUCUCAAUGUGAGCAAAGACGGAUUAAUAACGACAGAUUUACUUUGGGCGAGUCUAAGGGAUCGGUUCAAAUGACCAUCAGGAACCUGAGCUUACAGGAUGCUGGAAUGUACGAGUGUGGAGACCAGCGAUCGUGGCGUUAUAGCAUUCAACUAAAAGUGAAUAAUGAUCCAUGUUGUACUGGGACACAAUCAGUGAGAAGAUCUCUGGGACAGAAUGUGAUGAUCAACUGCUCCUAUCCAGUAGAGUUCAAAAACAGCUUCAAGUACUUAUACAAACUGGAAGGUGAACGUGAAAACCAACUGAUCUACACCAGUGGAACCCAACAGAAUCAGGAGGGCAGGUUCUCCAUUUCCGUUGACGAGAGGAAAAACGUUUUCCGUGUGAACAUUAAUGAUUUGAGAGAAGAUGAUAAAGGGGUUUAUUCCUGUGUAUUGUGGGAAAGAGAUACAUCAGUUGGUUAUUACUCCUUUUUCAGAGAAAUUCACCUCCAAGUUACUGGAGAAGAGAAUCCAGAUGGCACUUUAAACACACGUCACCCUGUCAACACCAUCAUCAGCAUGUGCAUCUGCGUGAGUCUGCUGCUUCUGAUUGGAGCAUUUGUUCUCGUCUACAAACUGAAAGUGAGAAAGACACAAGGCUCUCCCUCUUUUAUUGGGCAAACAGAGGGAAAUGACUCGGCUGCUGCUGCUGCUGCCGCCGCCGCUGCCACCAAUAAUGAUUAUCAAAAUAGUCCACCACAUCGUCUAUCGGUCAGCAUCGUCUACCAAAACCUGACACCCGACACCAGCCAAUCAGACUCCGUGUACCAGCAUCUAGACCCAAAUGCCACCCAAUCGUUCUACCAGAGACUCAACCCAAACACCACUGGAAACUAAAUGGAUCUUAUUGAGUUGGAGCUUAGCUUUAGAAUUUUAAUUAAUUCAUAUGGAAAGCUCUGAUUGGUCCUAGUAUUGUAAACAUGAAAUAAAAAAUUACAUGUUAAAAUGUUACAUUCGAGUUCAAUAUAAAUCUGCAGUCAGUUUGGGGUCCGAAUAAAUGGGGGCAAAUGUGAAGAAUUUUUACUUUGCUACAUUUAUAUAACAAGGUGUUAAUAUACUUGACAAAACCUUACCUGGAGCUCCAGACUGAAGAGCAAAUGAAGCCAUUUUAAAAAGGACACUGAGAAGGUGGUGAAGAAGGCACAUUAACCCCUUUCCACAGAAGAAGAAAUUCAGAUUGCCCUCUCACCUUCUUCUCCAUCGAAAUCAUCCUGACAUGGAACAUCUCGUCACAAGUAGAAACACCACCAGUUUGAACAUUUUUCUGAGAAGCUGAAUGGUUGGACACCAGUGAACAUCUGUGGAACCUGGAAGACUCUGGUGAUGCAGAGUGAAUGCUAGGAGGACAACAAGGACUCCAGACCGAUCAGAUCCAAUUCUGUACAAAGAUCUACACAAUCCUACACUGAACUCACCUGUAAUUUGUGUGUCUUCCGUUUUGUUUACAGUUUUGUUAGAUUUCACUGUAAAACCUGCAAAUGUAUCAUUCAGAAUUGGAAAAAUAGAUGAAGUGAUAACAGUGCACCUGCGUAGAUGUGAAUUAGAUCUAAACAAAUUGCCAGUAUAUACCAGUGUGGUCAUUAGCGUGUUUACUGCAUGUGGGAUGGUGGCCAUAACAUGAAUAUUACAUUAGCAGAUCUUGCGAUUUUUUAUAAUCAAUUAUUUAGUGUUUUUUUGUAUGUGUUUGCUUUGUGCU